CAAUGCAUUAACUACAGCUAGGAUAUUUAAUAUCCAGAAUUUAGGCUGGGUUUCUCUGAGACAGUGUGAUAUCGUUGCGAGCGCAAGUGUCUUUGCGUGCUAUUAAUUACAUCCUCKGACCGGAAAUUCGUCAUUAUUUGGUAUAUGCAGGUUCAUAUAAGGACAGUUAAGGAGAGUCAACACAAAGCUUCGCUUGAACAGCAAGAGAACAGGAUCAGAAAACCGCGGUCUCACUAAAUUAGACCUUUUAUAAAGAUUUUCAAAAGCAUGUAAUUUGGACCUUCAACGACAGGAGUCUAGUAAUUCCCAAUUCCAUUUUCACCUAGAAACGACAACACGUGUUUAAGGGACUGGAAUAUCAUAUUCUACCGGACUAGACUCUUGCUCUAACGAUGGUCACGACGACAUCUUUCAGCACCAGCAUCAUUGGAAAUGCGUCCCAAAACAAUUCUAGCGCAGAUCGCAACGAGAAUAACAAAUCCCAAGUUGUCGAACAAUAUCUUCAAGUCACAUUUUUAGUGAURCUUUUACUUGUAAUAAUCAUUGGUAACGCUCUUGUCAUGAUUGCUUACAAAGUCAACCGACGUCUACGCACGGGAACGUACACUUUACUGGCGAGCCUUGCCUUUUGUGACUUUCUUGUAGGUAGCGUAUCGCUGCCAAUGUGGAUCUACGUGACGCUGAAUACUUGGUAUGUGGAUCCUACAUUCAAUUCUGUCUUUAAAGGAAUCGAUUAUGUUACGGCCAUUUGUUCUUCUCUGCAUCUGACGAUCAUUUGCCUUGAACGGUGGUUAGCUAUCUCAAAGCCAUUUCUUCACCAGACACUUACAAACAAACAAUAUUACAUAACAUUGGGAACUGUGUGGAUUGUGGCUUUGAUAAUUGGCAYUAUUUUCAACAUGAAGGACACAAAGAUCUAUGCUCUGKUCKUAGUUUUACUGGUAUUUAUUACWCCURUGGUCAUCAUAAGCCUUGUGAACAUUUACAUCUUCAAAGUGGCAAAGAAACUUAUCCAAGAAGAGCCAACAGGGAAUCCUGGAUCGCGCAACGAAAAAAGGAAAAAAGUUCAAAGGGARAGGAGRACRGCAAUGACUCUUGUCAUCAUMACUUGUUUAUUUUUCCUAUCACUUCUACCCACGUAUACAAUAGCACUUGUUGGAGGAUUUUGCUUAGAAGAAUGUUUCUUUCAAAACGGGUUAAAGUGGCCUGAGAUCUUUCGUCUCAUGACUGUUGCAAAAUGGAUGCAGUACAGUAAUAGUGGGGUGAAUCCGUUUAUUUACGCUUUUAGAGAUGCCGAAAUGAGGCGAACUUUUCACAGGAUAUCUUGUAGGGCGAUGUCUUUAAGACCAUUCUCUACGGUGGCGAAUUUCGCGAGUCAGUCUGAUAUCAACUUGGGUAAUCAUGUUAGCCGAGCCAUGACACAAGCAUAAAGGAGACGUAUUCGGUAUUUUCAGACCAAAAAAUAUAUAUAAGAGGAAGAGAAGAUAACUGACAUUUAGGGAAAUUGGACCAUAUGUGCAUAUGUCAUAUGUACAAUUCUUUAUAUCAUGCAUAAUAACAUAUGGCUUUGCAUGAUAAAAACAAAGCGUGGUUUUGUUUAUCAAGUAAACCAUAAAAAGACAUAAAAACUACAGUCCAAAACGAUCAUCCAAUUAUGGUUUGGGGUAAAAACGGCUGCUUAAAUCGUGGCAGUCUUUUAAAUUCAGCUUCAAUAACUUGAAUUGACAACUGAAUUGAUCAGUGAAACAAGCUACAUCAGACUUCUACAUGCAUUUUCCAUAUUCAUAGCAGACAAGCCGGAAAAAAUAGCUUAGCCACCAGGAAGAAAAGAUUAAAAUAAUUGACUCGAUGGCUAUCCAUCACCAUGGUUACAAGGGUAAAAUCCUCAAAAAUAACGUUUGUGUUUCAAUUUGAAAUGAGUCGGUAAACCUCAUGGAUUAAAUUUUUUCGAGUGUCUUAAACCGCAAUGAAACUUCUUAGUAAACCRCCGCUAUGGGCUCGAAAUCACAUCACAGAAUGAAUGCAUUUCUAGCAAGGAAUAUGAUAAAAUUCGACCAUAACAUAUAGAUAUAGUUGCCAAGUAAUUAUAAAAAAAUAAAUGCAAGUAGAAUUAAAGUAAAAGUUGCUAUAAAAAAGCAACCCUGAAAUAUAGUAAUAAUUAAGACAUUGUUUAUUUUAGCGUAAACAGUUUUCGUGUCUUCACGGCGUGCGUGAGAUAAACUGUUCCUGCUCUGUCUAGAAUAMACAGGACAGCAGAUAACUUUGUAUUCAUUUUAUAUAAUUACAACUAUAGCUUCGGGUAGAUUGUAAUCUUGUGUUUAUGUAUGUUAAGAAUAAAAAAAUAUUUGAUUUAUUCUUUUUGACUGAAA